AUGCCCUCUGCCCUUCCACUAGAGAUCAAGCAGAAUAUUUUUACUCUUUCCACACGUACCCGAGCUGCUGCUGUCAACCAUUUGACGAUCUCGCAAGAGAUACAUUCAUGCUUGGAACAAUUGGUUUAUAGAAAAAUUGUUCUACAUGGUGAGGAGGAUGCUAGACUAUUUUUGGAAUGUCUGUACAGGCGUCCUAUGCCUGUUUCAUUCGCUCUCCAAUCCGUCAAAGCGCUAUCUUUAUCCGGUUCAAUACAAUCAUCGACUGUGAUAGAGAUAAUCUCCAUCUGCAGGAGUGUUACAUCGCUUCGUCUCAUCCUCACGACAAAUGAAUACGCAAACAAUGGAUCGGUUCUGUGGCGUGCACUGGACGGCCUGCCACUCCAGGCAUUAGUCCUUACCAUCCGUAUGCAGUUUCCAUCUUUCCUCAGCGAAUAUCAUACGUUCAGGAAUCUCAGCCAUCUCGAACUCAACGGUAAUCACUUUCUUGCCGAGCCACAGGAAGAAUUGGAGUUCUUCGAAUCAUUGACGCACAUUUGCGUUGUGCUCAACCCGCACAUUGCUGAUCCGCAGGCAGUCAUACUCCUGAUUUCCAAUGCGCAACUUCAGUUGCUUGCAUUUCGCGUCGAGGAUGGGCACAAUGCUGUAGACGAAUUCCUCGAAGAACAUGGAAUUUGCGAUCAUAGGAUCGUGCUUUUGCCGUUUCAACUCCCAGUCUGGGGUGAACUCGGCCAGGGUGACAUGUUAAUGUGGGAGUUGGCAGAGGACCGGACGAAAAUUCCUGUACCUCAGAAUCACACUACACUAGAUCGCCACAGAUGCUUACCACUUAGCACGAUUCAGAAUGCAUACGCAGAUUACCUCGAUAUUGCCAAAGUACCAGAAUUGAAUCCGUGCGCUGUUACGCGAAGGCACAGACGAAGAUUGGUGGAAAAGGCUAGGACAAAGGGCCCACAGGUUUAG